AUGCGUUUCUCAUUCCUCCUCGCUGUUAUUGCCGCUUUGACAACAUCUAUGUCUGUCACGGCUCCACGUCGACUGGCGAAGCAUGCUGCUCAGGUCUUACUUGUAAGACGGGUAUUUACGGUGAUGUCGAGUACUGCCAUUAACCCUCUCCCGAUGAGCCUGGCAGACCGAGCUUCUCGCGGUGAAAUCCGGUAUAUUCAGCCGACGUCGAAGUACAUGCACGUAAAAAUACAUGUCCUUGAAAAUCGUUCAGAAGGAAAGGGGUGCUAUUUUCGAGGACACUCGAACUUUGCCGUUGAAGAUUCUGCCGGACACUGCUCCUCCCCAGCCACUUGA